AGAGCAUAUGGUUCGUACCCGCUGCCGAGCGGUAGGGUUGCUUUGUUAUGAACAGGCGGCGCUGUAGCUGGCGGAAGAGGAGGUCGCCCAGCCCAGUAUCUCUUCGCCUGGAAUACAGAAGCCGAGGGGGAGACGAGAAAACGGGAGGAGAAAAGACGGUGUUGGCUGGAGGAGAAAGAAAAAGCUACGAUAAUGGCCGCUAAAUCGGAUGGGGUAUUGAAAAUUAGAAAGAGCGAUGUAGCGUUCACGCCUUUGCAGAAUUCGGACCACUCGGGCUCAGUACAAGGACUCGUUCCAGGAUCGCAGCCGGAUUCGGGAACCGGGGAUGGGGAAUUCGUGAAUGGGGAAUCGCGGUGCUGUGGUUCUAAUUCGACAUGUCUUCGCCUUGGCAGAGAGCAGCAAACAAAAUACACGAUAUGGGACUGUCUAUGGAUUCUCGCUGCAGUGGUGGUGUAUUUCGCCGAUGUAGGCACCGACAUUUGGCUUUCUGUCGACUAUUACCUCCGUCGCGACUACUGGUGGUUCGGGCUCACGCUAUUUUUUGUUGUGCUAGGGUCGUUCUCCGUCCAAGUCUUUAGUUUCCGAUGGUUCGUCCACGAUUUCAGCACCGACGAGAGCGCCAAUGCCGCCGGUGCGGCAAACUGCUCAUCCCACAUGGACGGGAAGCUGCUGAGUGGUUCUGCUUCACAUGGAGAUGUGGGCGCCCACCCGUCCACACCUCAAAGACAGGCAUCCACCGCGAGCAAGAGCAACACCACAACCAACAGCAACAGCAGCACGGCAACCCCGACUAAUAAGAAAAGGUCGGCGUCCUGUUCAGUAUUCAUAUGGUCCGCGCAAUCCGUCACCCACAUCUUGCAGCUUGGGCAGAUUUGGAGGUAUUUCCACGCCAUCUACCUGGGCAUCCGGAGCCGGCGCAGUGGGGACCAUGACCGCUGGAGGUUCUACUGGAGGAUGGUGUAUGAGUUUGCUGACGUCAGCAUGCUGCACCUCCUGGCCACCUUCCUGGAGAGCGCUCCUCAGCUGGUCCUGCAGCUCUGCAUCAUCAUCCAGACCCACAAACUGCAGGCCGUCCAAGGAAUGACAGCGGCUGCCUCCCUGGUGUCUCUGGCCUGGGCCUUGGCAUCCUAUCAGAAAGCCCUACGAGACUCCCGGGAUGAUAAGAAGCCAAUCAGCUACCUGGCCGUCAUCAUCCAGUUCUGCUGGCACUUCUUCACCAUUGCCGCCCGUGUCAUCACCUUCGCCCUGUUCGCCUCCGUGUUCCAGCUCUACUUUGGUAUCUUCAUCGUCCUCCACUGGUGCAUUAUGACCUUCUGGAUAGUCCACUGUGAGACCGAGUUCUGCAUCACCAAGUGGGAGGAGAUUGUCUUCGACAUGGUCGUGGGGAUCAUCUACAUCUUCAGUUGGUUUAAUGUGAAGGAGGGUCGUACUCGGUGUAGGCUCUUCAUCUACUACUUUGUGAUCCUGCUGGAGAACACUGCUCUGAGUGCCCUGUGGUACCUGUACCGCGUCCCUCAGAGCACCGACGCCUUUGCCGUCCCUGCCCUCUGUGUCAUCUUCAGCAGCUUCCUCACCGGCAUCGUCUUCAUGCUCAUGUACUACGCCUUCUUUCACCCCAACGGGCCCCGAUUCGGACGCUCACCCAGCCUCGUGCUGGACGACCCCACGGCUGCCUUCACGCUGCCUGCCGAGGGGGCCACCAACUCGCUGAGGUCCAACCGUGGUGCGCCUCUCAUCUCGGGGGACGGCACCAUUGGCAGGGACGGCAAAUACACAGAGAGGGACGGCUGCAUGCCCGUGUUUCAGGUGAGACCCACCGUCCCCUCCACGCCGUCCUCCCGUGCCCCACGCAUCGAGGAGACGGUCAUCAAAAUAGACCUGUGUCGGAACCGCUAUCCGGCCUGGGAGAGGCACGUAUUGGACAGGAGUAUACGCAAGGCCAUCCUGGCCAUCGACUGCUCCCCUACGCCGCCCAGACUCCAGUACAAAGAUGACACUACAGUUCAGGAGCGCCUGGAGUACGAGACCACGUUGUAGCCCUACACUGCUGCCUGGAUGUUGGAUGCCUGGAUGUUGGAUGCCUGGAUGUUGGAUCCUUGGAAAUGCAAAACCGUAACAAAGGAUGACCAUCAACUCGGAUUUACAGCAGGACUGUGGCAAUAAUAAGUUAUUAGCUCUCUCUCUCACUCUACAUACUAGCAUUGAACCAUGAUGUUGAUUGUCAUGGGCAAGAAUAGACACAAUUUAUUAGUUGAUGUGACGGAGGGAUAUAUUCAUGUUUUCUAAACAGAGUUAAUCUUUUUGGGUUUAUUUGGUUGAUGUUGUUGUUAUUGUAUAUAAAAAAUUGUAGCCCAAUAGUCUACCAUAAUAAAAGCAGUGUUCUAAUGAAUGAUAUCAUGCCCCUUCAUAAUAGAUCCUUAUGAAGGUUCGUAACAGGUUAUAACAGGUUCAUGUUUACCUACGAUAUCUCAUAUUUACAUUAAUUUCUAUUACCAACAUCUUAGACCUGCAAAUAUGUACUUUACAUUUAUAGGAUACAAGUAAUAUCCCCUGAUAUAGUGGACGUGUUGAUUAACAAAAAUAAGGGGGAAAAAGGUCAGUUAAUGGUCCUGAUUCAUAUUUAGGAUGAUUCCAGUUAUUUCUAAUUCAAAGAAAACAGGUGACAAAGUAGUACACAAUGUAAUUAGCGACAUGAGUAGGGCGUUGUGUCUGUCAUACUUUACAUGUGUACUGGUCCAUGAGUUCUGAUCUGAUUUCAUCAGCCAUGUUGUCCUAGUGCCAAAAGGUCUGAAACUACUGGAUGUUGUGGCUGUGACUGCCAGUAACUGCUAUUUACUUUGAAGAAGCUUAGUACUGUACCUGGUAAUCAUGCUGUUUAUAUGCUAAAUAAAACCGGAAUGUUCGUGUAUUGUGGAGAGACUGAAGGACAAACCUCAUCUUUGUUCUCGCCUGGAUAAAAGGCGGCAUGCCAAGAAAACCUUCCUGGCAGCUCCUAUUUACAGUCCAGCCUCGUCCAGCUGUGGUCUGGGCUGCCAUGCGUCCAUAUGGCUGAUAAGGAUCAGUCUGCUGGGCCACAUAGUGCUGUUCUGUACAAAGAGGAGGAAGAGACAAACGAGCAGCCACUUCAGCCAAACUACUCUCAUAACUGAAGCACCUGCAGGAUCUACUGUCAUCAUAGAUGCCGCAUUCUUUUUUACAUUUUACCUAACUGAUGUAAAAGUGUAUUGCCAUCCGUGUGUGUGGGAGGGAAGUGUGUGUGUGUGUAUAUGCGUGCGCGCUCAUGCGUGCUUGUAAGAGAGGAAAAGCAUGGCGCAGGAUGGUAUGUGUAGAUGCUACAAUCAGUGGUCAGUUUGUCUGCAGCUAUAUAUUGUAGUGCAAUGAACUAGAGACAUGCACUUCAGCACUAUGGUGUGAAGGCUGCUGUAGCCUAUACUCAACACAAGAUCAGUACCAAUUCUAGGGUGUAUACCACUAUCAUGGUAGCUGUCAACAUCCAGCAUCAAUGGUGUCAAGAUGGUCUUUUGAGCAGGAAACAACAAGUAUUUCACCUUUUAUGCUCUGACUUAAGCCCCAGGCACUAUGACUGUGGAUGUGAUAUCUAAAAAUAUCUUCAAAUAUCUUGCAAAGGUGUCUUCACAAAAAAGAAAGUGUGUAGCUUCUCUUUCAGUUCUAGGUCACAAGCGUUUCUUUUUUAUGUCUUGUUCGUUUGAACUAUGGAGAGAAGAGGGUGACAAGGAGGAGGGAAAAAAACAAGCACAAAACUUCUGUGGAAUUAAUCAGAGCACAUUGAGGGAAGGAAACCAUGAUAUUCAAUGUGAGAGUGAGAAAAGGCCAUUGAUCAGUCCAGAAAGAUGUGUCUGUUGUUUUCGACUAGAGCUCGAUUUUAAAUCUCUACUGAAUGGUUCAGAUUUAUUUUUGUUGAAUUGUUUUUGUUGAAAUGUCUUAUUUGAAUUAUUCAUAUCCGUUCGUAUGUGGGAAAUUCUUGGUUUAAUUUGCUUUCACAUUGUUUGCCUUGUUGUUGCGACAUCACACAAAUUGUCUUAGUUAUGUCUGUUCCCUUCUGUUCUGUGGUAUGUUUUACUCAACUCCAUUAAAUAUUCAGAAGUGAAUGCCGCUACACAUUCAAGAAACUCUCUAAAAACGUUUUGGGGGUAAUACAUGCAGAAGCACUGGGUAAAAUCAUGUCCACAGCUCUGUUUACUUCUUCUGAGUUGAAUUCAGUGUGGAUGAGCAGAAAUGGUGCAACACGUUUUAUUACAACUUAUCUUUUCAGUUUCUCUCAUUAACCCAGGGCUGUCAUAUGGAUCCAGCCCGCGAGCCCCUUCAAUCCUGUUUGAGUGUAUAUAUAUUUUUUUAAUUAAUACAUUUUUUUGAAUUAUUUCUGAGGAAAUACGAUCUCAAUCGACAUUGAAAUGGCAACAACAAAUAUGAAACUGUAGAAAUGAUAAUGAACUUACAUUUAUAGUCUCUUUAUGCUGCUCUACACCGAAUUCAACUCCAAGAAAACAGAGCUGUGGACAUGAUUUUACCCAGUGCUUCUGCAUGUAUUACAAAAUAAAAACUUUUUGGAGAGUCUCUUGAACGUGUAGCGGCAUUCACUUCUGAAUAUUUAAUGGAGUUGAGUAAAACAUACCACAGAACAGCCACCGAAAUAAAAAGCUAGACAGUCAGGGAGCAUAAAAAAUUCCAAAAGCGAUGGAUAGAGGGCAAUUUUCAGCAAACUUUGACGGCGAGGAAAUAUAACCAAUUUUAAGUGUGGCUCUCCGGACCUUGGUGAAGACUGAAUGCAGCCUGUGGGGCAAAAUGAGUUUAACACCCCUGCAUUAACCUGUCUGUGUUUUAAGGUUAAUUUAAAAUAAGCAGAUUUGUAUUUAUUUACAAUGAAGACAGAAACCAAACGGCACAGGGAGAAAUCAAGAAAGCACAGGCUUAGAAAUGAGCAAAUUAUCAUGAAUGGCACAACACUGGUGCUUUUGUUCUAUUUUAUCUUGGGAUCACUUAUUUAGGUCUGCUAUUGAUGAUACACUUAAAGAGGUCAAAUGAUUUGCUCAUCAUUAACUAGUGAAUCAUUGAAGGUCACUUGGCCUGGUUCCAUCUCCUCAUCAAUAAAACAUGUAGUAAAUUA